GACGGGACGGGGGAAGGGUCUCGGACUGGCAAGGUUGCCCCAGGUGUGUGUCUGGGCGCCCAGCUCCGCGGGCAUGCCCCGAGGUGCCGCCCCCGGCUGAGCUGGAGCUCUGUGAGCCUCCUCUGCCCCGAAAGAAACACCACUUGCCAAUGCUGCAUUUUGGGCUGCAAGAAAAGGAAACCUGGCUCUCCUCCAGCUGCUGUUGAACAGUGGGCGAGUAGAUGUGGACUGCAAAGACAGCCUUGGCACAACAGCUCUGAUGGUAGCAUCUUACUAUGGCCACAUAGAUUGUGUACGGGAAUUGGUGUUGCAAGGAGCAGAUAUCAAUCUGCAGAGAGAGUCAGGUGCAACUUCUCUGUUCUUUGCUGCACAGCAAGGCCACAACGAUGUAGUGAAGUUUCUCUUUUCAUUUGGAGCCUCCACUGAAUUUAGGAAUAAAGAUGGAGGCACAGCUCUGCUGGCUGCCUGUCAGUAUGGGCAUGCAAAAGUAGUGGAAACUCUGCUGAAGCACGGCGCCAACAUUCACGAUCAACUCUAUGAUGGAGCUUCUGCAAUUUUCCUGGCAGCACAAGGAGGAUAUCUGGAUGUCAUCCGAUUGCUGCUUUCUUCAGGAGCAAAGGUCAACCAGCCACGACAGGACGGGACAGCUCCCUUGUGGAUUGCCUCGCAGAUGGGUCACAGCGAAGUGGUGCGAGUGAUGCUGCUCCGGGGAGCUGAGCGAGACGCCGCGCGCGAUGAUGGUACCACUGCUCUACUGAAGGCUGCCAUUAAAGGCUACAACAAUGUGAUAGAAGAGUUGCUGAAAUUCUCUCCUACACUUGGCCUGCUGAAGAAUGGGACCUCUGCCCUCCAUGCAGCCGUCCUGAGUGGCAACGUGAGGACAGUGGCGCUGCUCCUUGAGGCAGGAGCGGAUCCGUGCCUGAGGAACAAGGCAAAUGAAUUGCCAGCAGAACUAACAAAAAAUGAACGCAUCCUCCGACUCCUCCGUGCAAAGGAAAAGCAAAGGAAAAGCUAAUGCAGCCCUACAGAAGAUGCAGUUUGACAGAGAUGUGCCCUGACCACAAGCAGCAUGACAGUAAUCCUAGGUUGGAACAGUUUGAGAACUGAUUAGCCUGUCCAGUAGAUGCUCCCUGAACACCACAGAGUUACCACAGGCUGGGGCCUCCGCCUGGCAUCGCUGAACGCGGGACCGUGAUGAGAGCAGGGGGUGGCCCAGGAGCUGCCUCUGCACCACAGCCCUGCCUGUCCUCUGGGAUCCCACCGAUCCCAGCACCCAUGUUUGCUUCCCACUCCUCCCAGCACAGGCAAGCACCCCUGCUGCUUCAGACACACAUCCCCACACUGUCAUGGCACAACCUGUGACAGCGUGCAUAGGGAGCACUCGGCCCUCGUGCCAGAAGGAUACCUGGACCUUGCAGCUGUUUCGAUUCAGUUGGCCAUGGAGCAGCCCCAUGACAUCCCUGCCCUCCCUUUGCUGACAGUGACCAUUCCUCUCUACCUCCAAGUGCCACGUGAGACUAGAGGUGAGAUGCUGCCUGAGCCGUCACAACAGCAAAAGUUUUCCUGCCAGCCCAGGGCUGAGGUAACAUUUUUGCUACUAGACGAAGCUCCAUAAAAAUGAUCAAGAGUAUUACAAAUUAUGCCAAAAGCUACCAACCAAACACAAAGCAAGGGGAAGUCUUCUCAGUUGCAGCAUCUUGAUCUGCCAAUCUGUCCAGCAACAAAACACAGUGGAACAGCUUAUUUCAAAAUGCCUACACAGCUUAUGGGGAUCCUUCCCCAGUCUUGUGCGCCUUUUUGUGGGUAGAGGAGGACUGGUUGAUGAGCAAACCAACAAUGCCCAAAAGGGCAUUUUUCCACAGGAGCAAGUACAUCAGAAACUCAGCUGUCAGGCACAUCAAACCACACAGAUGCUACACAAGUGGUAUGUGUAUGUUCUGCACCCAGAUAUGUGACACUAUGGUUUGGUACCCACAGCUACUAUGCAAAGCACUCAUUCCCCAGGUCUGUGGCAGGAGCUAAGAGAGAAAUGCACAAUGCACAGGUGUUCCAGCAGUCAGUGAGGAGUUACACUUAGCCAUAGCUGAACAGACCCACUAAUUAUUGCAGACAUGGAAAAUGAAGUUUGAACAGCAGUUUUGGCCUUUAUUGUGGUUAAGACACUUAGACAUGCUACUAGUGCCUAUGUGGGGAAGGCAGUGCAAAUUGCAGGUGGCUUAUGAGGAGCUAUGUUUUAACCGUGUUGCUCUAAGACACCCCAUUAAAACCCAGUCAUUUCUGCAGUAUAAACAAUAUACACCAUGUCCUGUUAGCCACAAAAACAUUAGAGAUUAAUUUACAGUGAGUUGUGGUAAAAGGUUAGUACAGUACAUAAAUCCAGGCACUUCACCCACUUUCAAACCUUGGCAAAUUAUUGAAUUGCUUUAAAAGUUGAAGACAAGGAAGAUUGUAAGGACACAAAAUAAUUCUUGCUUAAGAAAUGUCUGCCUAUGUUUCAGCUGAACUGCUGCAUAUUUGCUUUAGUGAGUUAAAAGGAAGUCUAUAAGUGAGCUAACACAAAUGAAUGUAGUUUAUGUAUUGCACAUUAGCCAUAUGAAUUAUCAAAUUAUAAAGUUAUUCUUCCUGUGAGUUAGUUAGUUAAGAAGUCAGUGUUCUGGUGAAGAGAACAGAACCAGGCGUACCUUUUCUUGCAUGCUGGAAUUCCUAUUCAAUUUCUAUUCUGCAUUAAAUAGGAAAGCUUUAAGUUUUCCAACAAUGUAAUAAGAACAAUUUAUUUGUUUAGGUAAUUUAUGCUGCUGUAUUUUUAAAUUAAAAUAAUGUUGUGCCUAACAGAAACUUGCAGAUGAACUGGUACAGGACCAAAGAAUUAUGCAAGAUGCUGACAGGAUGACUGUAUCCAGGGUUAACUUCUGCAAGAGACUAACAAAUACUGAGCAUGCAGAAAUCUCAAGAGCCUUAUUGGGAUCUUAAAUUGCACAGCAUUACAAGGGACUGCACUCUAACUUCUUUAACAAACAACACUGGAGAGGACAGGUUUAUUUGGAGCCUCUGGGCUGAAGAUGAACAUACUAUUUUGGAGAACAGUAGAGGGACUCUGGGCACCCUGGCCUCAAUAUUAAACUUUCACCCUGCAUUUUCUACAGAUCAACAACGGGCAACAACCCCAAUCUCAGUGAAAAGCCCUUUCAUAUUUCUAAAGGAGGUGAAUAAUAAUUAGAAGGUCUUCAGUAGCUAUGCAAGAAAUACUCUUAAUAUCAGACAGGCUGUAGUAAUCACACAGUUGUCCUAAAAAAUGUGAAUCAUCCAUUUUUGGUGAAGGUCUCCAAUUUUUUCCUCAUAGCAGAGCAUAGGAGAGAGGACAAGGCAAGCCAACAGUGGUCCUGCAACAGCUGAAGUAAGGAAGCUGAGACAACAAAUGCAGGUAUCUGGUAUCUACAGGUGGCCCUUCCUUUCUGCCAGCUGUGUUUUCUUGGGAGAGUUGUCUCAUCCCAAAGGGAGCAGAUACUCAGCAAAGAGCUUCUUCAGCUAUGCCUGUGCAUGAGAAGAUGCGUGUCUGCUCCUCACCGCUUAGAGUAGGACUUUCCAAAUCCUGUGUCCAGCUGUGAAUGGUCACUGCAGCUGGGGAUCUCUUGAAACAUGUGAAGAACACCUGGGUCCCUGUGUCCCAUACAGAGCAUCUCAGCUGGCCUUCUGAGAGGAUGCGGCUAUCAGGUUUGGGGUUUUUGUUGGUUUUUUGUUUGGUUGGUUUUGUUUUGUUUUGGGUUUUUUGUUUUGUUUGGGUUUUUUUUUCUUCUUUUUGGUUGGGUUUGUUUUGUUUGUUUUUUGGUUUUUGGUUUCGGCUUUGGUUUUGGGUUUUUUUGAGUGAUCCUGUGCUAUAAUGGGCUUUUCUUAUUUCUGAGCAACAUUUGAAAUGCGAGGCUAGCACAGGUUAAAGGGAGAGAUUUGCUGGACUCUUCUUGCUCUUGUUAGUGCUGGCUGAUACAACACGCAGGCAGUCUGGGAGGAGCUGUCAUGGAGAGCUGGCACUGAAGCCUUUCUCUGCCUGAUUCAGGCUGAAGUUGAAUCUAGCUUCAGCAAAGACACUGUUCAAACAAAAUGAGACUUCUGGCAUGGAAACCUUCUUUCUGGGAGCAUUUGUUUCAUCUUGGAGCCUUUGGAGAGAGGGAUGGUUUCAGUUUUGGGCUCCCUGUAACCCAAAGGUGCUUAAUCUGCCUGUAUAUGGGCUCUAAAGUUGCAAUACUCUUUAUCACCAUGCAAUUAAUGUUUUCACGAAGAAACCUUAAUAAUUAUUAGUAUUUAUGUAGCUGUUGUUAUCUUUAAAGUGUUCAGUAAAUACUGCUGUGGUUUGUUUGUUUGUUGUAUUAAAAAGGAAGCCCGUUUUCCCUUAGUGGCCAAAGUGAUUCACUAAUACUGGCAGCUGCUCUUUGCAUAGUUGUGGUGCCUUUUGUGUAAGGAUUUCCAAGUGCUCUACAGACUUUAUUUAUCUUUGUAUGUUCCAAAAUGUAUUGCUGAGGUAAGCAAGGAAGUAACUUAUUUCAUUCACAGACCAGUGAAAUACAGUAGCUCUUCAUCAGUUCAUGUCAACAGAAAAGAGUAAAUUUAGAUUUAGAAAUUAUGGGACACUAAACUAAUUUCAUAGAUAACAGGAUGAAGAUAGAUAUAACAUAAAGAUGUGAAAUAGAACUGGGACAGCAUAACACAACAAUUUUUUCUGAGUUGGGUUUUGGGGUUUCUUUUCCCUUGAAAGUGUCAUAUAUAUCUCCAUCUUACACCCAAAACCAAUAAGCUCCACUAGCACAGAUUUCAGGUUUGCCUCUCUGCACAUUCAGAGGCCGAGGCUCAGCCUGCUAUCCCCUCUACAUUUAUGCAGGUGCUGUUAGCCUGGUGACCUCCCAUCUGCUGCAAGUGAGUACAAUGGAUGUGCAACCAAGUAAAAGGCCACACCAAUGAGUCAAGGAAAAAUAUAGGGCAUUUUCCUUCUAUUUCACUAGAAUCAAGCUGUCACUGUUGAUCUCAUUUCAGAGGAAUGAGACACACUCUUUCAAGGAGAGAAAAAAGUUAAAACUUUGUUUUUCACAUCCCUUUAUACAGAGUUUUAUAAACCAUCUCAUGUGUAUCUCCUAUUGGUUGGUUACAAGCUGUUACCCCGUAGUAAUUGGUGAGCCUUGGAGAAGGUGUCUAUGUUCAAGAAAGGGUUGUUUGUGGGAUAUUGUUUUUGUUCUUUUACUGAGACAGUUGGUAUUGUUGAAAUAGGUGCAAGGAAAUAAUAGUCCUGAUGUGUAGAAUUAUUUUUUGCUGUUGCUUCUGUUUUCAUGAAGACCUGUUAGCUUUUCCACGGCUAUGUUGAACCAAGACUCAGUAUGCAAGGCCUUACACAGGCCUGCUGCUUGUCACCACAUCAAGCCAUUGUGUGGUAGGGAUGAGCACAAGGAAAAACCUGCAAGGUUUAGAGUGAAGUGACAUCCCAGCAUAGACAUAGUAGUGGUGGAGCCUCAGAGGUUCCAAAACACAUGGAGCUCUUCAUUUAGAUUAUCACGGCAAUGCAGUGUGCAGGGACAUCUAUUCAGUAAUGAAACAAAAGACAAUGUUGUUCCACUUGACUUGCACAUGCUCUUCUUCUCCUGGAAUGAAACCAUCUCACUAUUGAUUCACGCACCUUUGUUUAGCUUAGAAGAGCUGAGAGAAUUAGAGAAUGAGAUCAAAUAGCUGCAGGUUAUAUUUAAUGCUCCUUACAAUGAUGAUGAUCUGCCUCAGUGUCAGAGUUAAUUGCAAGAAUAAUUCACACUUCCUUUUCCAGCCAGUCCUAGUGACUAUCGGAAAAUCCACAAGUUAACCAAAUCUGGUGUCUCAGAAAUUUCAGAACCGUAGUACAGAAUAUGAGGUAGCACAAACUCCAGCCCAUUUGUACUUAUUUGAUAUGAACACUGAACAGACAUAAAAUACAGCCCUUGUCUAGAGUCACUGAUGUUAGAAUGGUAAUGUUUGCUACAGGCCUAACCAAAAGUAAUACACAAGGCUCUUCUUCCCAGCAACAGGAUAUUGUACUGCACAUCUGGGACUAAAUGGAGUUGUGCCUUCUCACAGCAGCUCUGCUUUUGGCCCCUGGGAAUGUCAUGAGAGUUUCAUACUGUUCUCAAUUCUGCCUUUUUUUUGACCUGAUCUUUUAUGCAUUUGAUAAAGCAUAUAUAAAUUUAUGUUGCUCCAUGUGAGACUAUUACUCUGCAACGGAAUGUUGCUUUACUAAAAUAUGCUUUUUCAUAUAAUUUCGACAAAAAUAUACUACUCAGAUAAUCUUGUUCUGCAUAGUUCAAGAUUUCUUUACUUUCUUCUCUAGUCUACUCUUUUUACAAUACCAGAAUUAGUUUCUUAUUUACACAAAGACCACUUUGUUCUAUUCCAGUCAAUUAAUUAGACUGUUAUUGUUUUCCAGGUCUUCACAGAUGAGAUAGCAUUCACCAAAAAAAA